AUGACAACCAAAUAUUACACAGGUCCAGACCUCUUCGUGGCAAUAUCGUAUUCAGACACCAAGCCAAAACAAUCCAGGUAUUUAGACACCAAGCCAACACAAUCCAGGUAUUCAGACAUCAAGCCCAAACAAUCCAGGUAUUCAGACACCAAGCCCAAACAAUCCAGGUAUUCAGACACCAAGCCAACACAAUCCAGGUAUUCAGACAUCAAGCCAACACAAUCCAGGUAUUCAGACAUCAAGCCAACACAAUCCAGGUAUUCAGACACCAAGCCAACACAAUCCAGGUAUUCAGACGCCAAGCCAACACAAUCCAGGUAUUCAGACGCCAAGCCAACACAAUCCAGGUAUUCAGACACCAAGCCAAGACAAUCCAGGUAUUCAGACGCCAAGCCAACACAAUCCAGGUAUUCAGACACCAAGCCAAGACAAUCCAGGUAUUCAGACGCCAAGCCAACACAAUCCAGGUAUUCAGACACCAAGCCAAAACAAGCCAGGUAUUCAGACACCAAGCCCAAACAAUCCAAUCAAUAUGAAAACAUGAAUUCAAUGACAAACGAUUCCACUGAAAAGGUACAACAUCGUCCGAGACAGGAGAUGACGAAGGUCACCCACUGCAGGCCGGGACAGGUGCAAUUCACGUAA